GUAUCAUCAUCGUCCUUCAGAGCAAACAGAGAGCCACCAUGACCGAAAAAAAUUUAAACCCAGAAAGCCACGGUGAAGAAGCAAGGGAAGGAGAUCAAAGCCGUAAGCGUAUCAAUACGGGCACAGGUAGCGAGGUGGAGAUGAAGCCUGUGGUUGGGUGCGGUGGAGGGUUGAAGGACCAAGUUGCUGGUAAGUCUCUAAUCCUUUGUAGCAUGGAAUGUUACUGGGACAGACCCAACUUUCGGCCCCCUCCGCCAAGGUAUCCUCCUCAGCCUUGGGAUUCUUCCUAUGUUGUUCGCUCCAUCAAUCUUCCCGAUCUGCUGACAUCGUCGUCGUCGGAGAAACUAGAAUUGCGGGAACUAGCGAGAAUGGACGACAAAGAUUUCCCAGGCACCAAAUUGUUUAUGUCUACCAGAUUGGUUAAGCCUACCCUAGACAGCUCGAUUUGCUGCUUUGAUUUUGCUGCCCGAGACCCAGAAUGGAGGAGAGUCCCCAGCUUGGGCGGCUAUUUACCAAUCGCAGGCCAAGCUGUAGCGGUGGAAUUGCCGCAGCCAGAACACAGUAACAAAAGGUUACUGUUUUCGGCUAGAGUUGACUACUCCGAUUGUUGCAGUAUAGUAGUUCAUCUUAUGUCCUUGGAUGAAAACCAGGAAACAAUCAGUGAAAUUUUUCAGAUGAAUCUGCCGGCUGAGCUCCCUCAUCAACCAUGGCCAAAUGACUGUCAUUUCUUCCAUCUAGGGGGAAACAAUGUCUUCCUUGUCACCACCGCUGGUGUUGGAGAAAGCGCAAAGUCUGGGAUUUAUACCGGUGGUGCCGUACUGUUUCAAUUCGAAUUUGAUAUCUCCAAGGUAGACACGGACAGGAAGAAUUGUUUCACUAUCCAAUUCCAGCCUCCUCGCAUUUUCGAAUACCAUUCCUCUCCAGACUGUGUGUCACCGCCUGAGACACUUGGUUGCUUUCUGCUGUAAUGACUUGUAACUUGAUUGUCUCAUCAUCUUCUGUACUAUUAUAUGUAAGUUGUACUCCUACUAUCUAUUUAUCCAGAUUUCGUUGUUCUGCCUUGUUUGAUUUAUCAUCCACCACUGAGAUUAAUGUUGUUGCAAUGUGUCCUAUGCCAUAACGGAAUUGCAUAUUACAAGAAUGGUAAUAUGCCUCGCGCUACUGGCGGUUCAAACUUCAAAUCAAAUAUGUAUAUCUGUUUCUGGUUCAACAUAUGCUUUUCUAAUGGCUAUUCAGCCUUGUUUCGUU